AUGUCAAAUAGUUUUGAUAAUUUCGAUUUCUCAGUUCAUGAAGUUAAAAAACAAGAAUUAGAAUCAAUUCUUCUUCAACAAGAACAAGAGAAACAAGCAAAAGAAGAGAAAGAAUCUAUUAAAGAUACUGAUGAUAAACCAAUUGAAGAUACUGAACAUUCGACUAAUAAUGAUAAACCAAUUGAACCAGUAGAAUCAGUUGAAUCAACACCAACAACAACAACAACAACUAAACCAACUGAUGAAGCAUCAUCAUCAUCAAAUAAUAAUAAUAAUAAAAUAGAUGUUACAAUUGAAAAGAAAGAAGGUGAUAUUACAGGUAUUGAACUUGAAGAAUUAUUAUCAAAAAUUCCAUCAACUUAUCAAUUAUCAACUAUUAAUAAAACAAUUCAAGGUUUUUCAACAGAUAUUAGGGAACCAACAGAUAAACCAUUUGAAAAUACAAGUAAUAUUGAAACAACUCGUCAACUUAAAUUCCCACCACCAUUAGUUCCACCAAAAACUGAAGCUGAAAGAUUAGAACAAGAACAAAAACAAAAACAAUAUGAUGAAAAUAGAAAAGAAACUGAUAGAAAAUUAGAAUUAGAAUUAGAAAGAUUAAAAAAUAAAAAAGAAGAAGUUGAACAAAUUAGAGCAUAUUUUCAACCAGGUGAUCAAAAACCAAUUGAUUAUGUUAUUGAAUUAACAUUUAAUAUAUUUCCAAGUGAUAUAGUUGAUAAAGAAACCAAUAAAUUAUUAUGGUGUCCAGAGGUUUCACCACGUAAUCCAGGUUUUGCAAGAGAUAAACCAACCAAUGGUUGGACAUUUGAUCAAUUCCAACGUACACUUACCUAUACACCAAUUGAGUCAUGGAAGAAGAGUACACUCUAUACCAUUACGAUACCAGCAGAGAUAAAGGUAUCACCCACCAAUAUUAUCACAACUCAAGGUCAACAAUUUGAAUUCACUACAGAGACAUUAAAGAUUGAAUUAUUCAUGCCAGCUUCAAUAAGAGAGUAUUCUCAUAAUCAAACGAUUUUCAUUGGUUUCAAUCAAAAAGUUUCACCACAAGAAUUGUUACCAUUCAUUCAAGCUACCAAUUUAAGAAGUGCACCUGCUCAUGUUGCAAAGGGUACACCAAAUGUACUUCAAUUCAUUCAUGAGGAAAUCAUGAAACAAGAUCCAAUCUUAAAGGAUUUAGUUACCGGUUAUGAAGGUAGAAAUAUUGGUAUUAAACCAACAUUUGGUUUCAAUAGUAGUUCAACCGUUAUCAUUUCAGUGUUACAAGGUGCACCAUCUUUAGAGGGUACAGUUAAAAAAUUAUUAACUGAACAAAAAGAUUUUAGAACUCUUCAAUCAUUUAAACCAAAUAUUACCACAGCACCAUAUUCACCACAUAUUGAUUUAGUGAUUUCAUUUGGUAAUUUAAAUUCAUUGGCAAAUCCAUCAGAGAUUACAUGGCGUCCAAAAGUUACACCAUCAUUCCCAGAUGGUGAUUGGGUACUAUCAGCAAAUUCACUAGUCUAUAAAUUAAGUGAUAAUUCAAAUUGGCCAUCUUCUACCUCUUAUACAGUGUUUUUUGAAAAUGGUCCAAAAUCAACAUCAGGUGAACAAAUGGAGGAGAUUGAAUUGAAAUUUCAAACUGCUUCAAUCAAUUUAACAGGUGCAUUUGGUUAUGAUGGUAUAAAUUUCGAAAGUUUAAAUAUCAAUAGUAAAUCUGCAUCAACAAGUAAUACCUUUUCAAAUAAUGUUAUAUUAAUCUUUAGAUACAAUCAAAUAGUUAAUGAAGAAUCAUUUAAAAAGAUAUUUUCAUUUAAAGUUGAUCAAUUACUUUCAAAGGCGGUUGAAUAUCAAAUCAUUUCAAAUGCUGCAGAGUUUCAUUCAAUUACUACCUUUAGAAAAGCAAUUAAAGAGAAUUAUCUUCGAUUUAUUGACACUCAAGAACCAGGUAGUUGGUUUGCUAUUAAACCAUUGAAACCAUUGGGUGAUGAUUUAGGUUACUCAAUUGAAUUUGAUGGUAGUCUUCAAUCUAUGGAAGGUCCACUCCCAACCAAACUCGAUGGUGGAUAUAAUAAUUAUUUCUUUGCAACUUACCCACAAUUAACAUGUACAACCGAUUUAGUUCAUGAUUCAUUUAAAGUUUCAUUCAAUCAACCAAUUGUAAAUAAUUCAUAUGAUUAUAAUAAUUAUGUUUUAACACCAGAUGCUUUUAUAUCAUCAAGAACAGAUGUACAAAUUGAAUUGGAUUAUCUUCCAGUGGGUCCAUCGGUUUUACCACUUAUUCAACCACCAAUCGAAGGUACUUGGUCAGCUUUAACAAGAAAUAUACUGUCAUUCAAAGCUGCAUCCUUUGAUUUAAUCAAACCUGCAACCACUUAUACAAUUUUACCACAACCAAAUAGUCAAUUUACAACACCAUGGGGUAAAGUUUUCGAUAAGGCAAUAUUUGGUGAGGUUACAACCACAUUACCAAAUGUAAACUUUAGAUAUCCAACCCUAUCAAGCAUUAAAGCCAAUCAAUUGUUUUGUUUAUCUUUUAAUCAACCGGUUGAUCCAGAAUCUGUAAUUGCCAAUGUUCGUUUACAACCAGACACUUUUUUGAGUGCAAAGAAAUUCGAAGUUCAAUUAGUAACCAAAAUUAGUCUCGAAGAAUUUGAAGAUAUUGAUUACUCUUUCAAAAAUGCUAAAUUAGAUGGUCGUUUAGUUUUCUUCCGUUCAGUUAAACCAUUACCAAUUGGUUCAAUCAAAUUUUCAGUUUUACCUGGUGUUCGUUCGCUAGAGGGUCCAUUAAUAAGUAAAGAUGAAACUUAUUUUGGUACUUUAGUUGUUGAAAAAUUUUCAAUCAUUGGUACAUCUCCAGUUGAUGGUGCUAUCAUUCAUUCACCUUAUUUCUUUUUCAUUAAUUUUAAUAAACCAUUAAAAUCAAAAGAUGCAUUGGUUUAUAUUGAUUUAACUGAAAAUCAUGGUCCAGAAGAAACUUUAACAACAAUUGUUGAUAAAAUUACUGCAAUUGCUUCUGUUUCUGCUUCAAUUGCUUCAAGUGAUUCAUCAUCUUCAAAUCAAUUAAUUGAAAAUCAAAAUAAUAUAACUACAACAACAACUACUACAACAACAAAUAAUAAUAACAAUAAUAAUGAAGUUGGUGAAUCGACAACUCCAAAUUUACCAAUAACAACAACAACAACAAAUAAAAAUAAAGAAAUUGAUUGGGAUCAAUUUAUUACAAUUAAACCAAAACCAGAAAAAUCAACAGCAAAAUGGACUUAUGAAAUUAUUGGUAAAAUUUAUAGAUUAAAAAUUGAAGAUUUUUCAAUUUGGAAUGCAUCAACAAAUUAUCAAAUUAUAGUUGAUAAAUCAAUUGAAUCAAAAUAUGGUGAAACUAUGGAAAAAGAUACUGUAUUUGAUUUUUAUACACCAUAUAAUGGUAUUGAAUCAGUUCAUCCAUCACCAGGUUUCAUUGUAAAUACUGAUAAAUCUGAUAUAUUUGCAAUUCAUUUCCAUCAACGUAUUAAUCCAGUUGAGAUAUUAAAAGUAUUAAAAGUUGAAGGUGUUGAUUCUUUUAAUAAAAAGAUUAAAAAUAUUGUACUAUCAAAUGUUGAUAGAGAACAAGUUCCAUCUGAAUAUCUUUCCCAAAUGUCAACAUCAUUCUCUGAUCCAUUGAAUUAUAUUAUGUUUGUAAGAAUGUCAACAGUUGUACCAAAUUCAUCAUUGACUUUAACUGUUGGUCCAAAUAUUCCCUCUGCUGAAGGUCCAGAAUUGAAUCCAAAUAAGUUAACUUAUACAUUCAAGAUCUCUGAUCAUUUACAUAUUAAUUCAACCACUUACUAUGCAAGCGAUAGAACUUUACAAAUCCUCUUCAAACAACCACUCAAUUUAACUGGUCCAGCAUUACAAAAGAAAAUUCCAUUACCAGAAUCAUGGAUACCAACAAUUACACCAGAGAUUUCAUCAGAGAUUCAACGUACUUGGACAGCUCAAUUAAAUACUUCAAAUACUCUUCAAAAUGGUUAUUCAAUGAUUUGUUGUAAAUUUGAAACUAGUUUACCAUUCUCAACUAAAUUCACUUUUAAACUACCAGAUUGUAUCGAGAGUGAAACUGGUGAAUUCUAUCAACAAGGUAUUGAUAGCGAAGAUAAAUAUGAAUUUAAAACUUCAACACUUCAAUUGGUGACAUCAGUACCAAUGAAUGGUCAUCAAACAGCUUUAUUAUCACGUCCAGUCCUAAUAUGUUUCAAUCAAAAAGUUGAUGUUGUUGAAUUAUUAAAAUAUUUAACAAUUAGUCAAGUUUCUACAAGUGAAAAAAAGAAAACUAAAUUUACUUUGGAAGAAUCUUCUGAUUUCACUCAUAUUGAAAAAUCAGUUGGUUAUGAACAAGAUCAUUGGAUUUCAUUACGUACAAAUCCACCAUUAAUUCCAAAUUCAUCCUAUUCUAUAACUUUGAAAGAAGGUGCACCAUCAUUAGAAGGUCCAUUAUUAACUAAAGAAGCAAUUAAUAUUUUCUUUACAACAAAUUGUACUCGUGUUUAUGCUUCAAUUAAUAGUGAUCAAGCUCAUAUUAGUUUCUCUGAACCAUUAAUUCAUUUACCAAUAAAUGGAUCAAGUGGUGGUAGUUCAUCCUCAUCAUUGCCAUCAUCAGAACCAAUUAUACCAACAAUUACAAUUAAACCAGACCCAGGUGUACCAUUAACUUGGAAAGCAGGUGCAGGUGAAACUAUUAUUUGUAAUGAAAAAGUUUCAACUUGGAAACAAUCAACUGAAUAUAAAUUCUCAUUCCCAGAGGAUUUAGUAUCAUCAAAAGGUUAUGUUAUGGAUCAAAGUACACUUGAUAAUUUAACCAUUAAAACAUCAGUAAAUUCAAUAAUUGAUAAAUCUGGUUAUCCAACAUUAACAGAUUCAAUUCAUUUCAUUAGAUUCUCUCAAAAUAUUGAUCCAAAGAAACAAAUUUCAAAAAUGAAAAUCUUUUCAAAAUCUGGUUUAUUCAAUAGUAAAACUAAUCAUGAAGUUCGUUUAGCAACUAAAGAUGAAAUUGAUGAAAAGGUAAUCUUUAGUGAACAUCUUGAUCAUAAUAUUAAUUAUUCAAGACUAAAACUUUUCAUUGGUGAUGUUUAUGAUCCAGCCGAUCCAACUGAUUUAUUAAUUUAUAAAUUUGUUAAACCAUUACCACCAAAUACUCAAAUUCAAUAUGAAUUUGAAGAGUUUACAUCAACUCAAGGUCAAUUAACUUGGGUUAAACCAUUUUAUAAUUAUUCAAUUAAAUCAUUACCACCACUUUCAAUCAUUGAUUCAGAAUCGUCAUUUGGUAAAAAGACCCCAUUUUAUUUUGGUGAUACACUUGUAAUUAAAUUUAAUAAUACAUUAUCAACAUCAACUUUUCAAGCAAAUAUGAUUAGAGUUGAACCUGAUAUUCCUUAUAGUAUUACAUUGGAUGAUCAAUCUAUCUUUUUAAAAGAUUUUAAAUAUGAUCAAUUCCAAAAUACUGAUAUUGAAUUUAAAAUCAUUUUAAAUACAAAUCAAAUUAUGGAUUCAACUGGUCAACAUAUUGAUAUUUCAACAAUUGUUGGUACAGGUGGUAUUUUCAAUAAAAAUGAUUCAACUUUAACUUAUAGAUUAAAAGUUGUACCACGUAAUUUCCAAUCAACUUUUAAAUUACCAUUCUUAAGUAGUUCAAGUACUAAUGGUAUAGUGACAUUUGAUAAUUCAGAUUUAAAUUCAAAACCAGCCAUUUGUUUAAGAUCUAAAAAUAUUAAUCAAUAUGUAAUUCAAUUAUAUAAAUUAAAUCCAUAUAUUGAUUAUCCACAAUUUUUAGAUGAAGAAGUUGAUACUAAAACCUUACAAAAGUUCACAUCACUUAAAAGUGUACCAGCAGUUGAUCAACCAAUUUUAAAGAGUGGUGAAUUAGUACAUUGUCGUAUGGUUGAUAUUGAAAUUCCAUCACAUGAAGUCGAUAUUGAAAUUGAUACCUAUAUUGAUUUAUUCGAAGGUUUAACCAAUAAAGAGUUGAUGAUUGGUCAUAUUGGUGUUGUAUUAUAUCCAACUCAAAAUGCCCUCUAUCCAAAUGUUGGAAAGAAUACAGUUACACCAUUACGUCGUUGUUGGGUACAAUGUACACGUUUAAAUAUUGGUGCUGUCACUGAUCAAAAGAUAUUAUCAUGUUGGUCCAAUUCAACUGUUGAUGGUUCAGUUGUACCAAAUGUAAAGAUCUCUUCACUCUCUACAGUAAACUAUACUCAAUUCCGUAUGAAAGAACAAAAGAAAUCCAAUAAUUUGAUUGCACUUCAAAAACAUGUUGGUAAUUUAGUCGAUGGUGUUACUAAUGAACAUGGUUUAUUACAUUUACCACUUCAAAAUAACUAUAGUGAAAUUCAUAUAGUAGCAGAGAAUCCAAUCAAUAAAGAUGUUUGUUUAUUACCAAAGGUUUUCGUUCAACCAAAUUCAACUUUCAAAGCCAUAAGUUGGUAUGUUUUCGAUGAUCAAUCAUUAUAUCGUCCAAAAACAACCGUUCAAAUUAAAGGUUAUCUUCGUUUCUUAUUCCGUGACCAAUUUGAACAUAAACUUUCAGUUUAUAAUUUCCAAUCAACAUUGGUUAUAAAAUACAUUUUAGAGGAUGGUGCAGGUUUAACUGUAUUAAAAGGGGAAACUAAAUUAAAUUCAUUCUCUGCUUUCAAUUUCUCAUUGGAUUUACCAGAUACAAUUAAUUUAGGUAAAACCACUUUGAAACUUUCAUUGGCAGAUGAAAAUGAUUUCCAUUUAUUAAAUGAACAAAAUCAAAAGAUUCGUAUUAAAUCCGAUACUGGUAAAACAUUACGUACAUCAUUCAUUCAUUCAUUUGAUGUUCAAGAAUUUAAAAGACCAGAAUUUGUUGCAAGUGCAUCAUUCCUUUAUAAUGAAACCAAUGGUUUCACUGGUUCAAGUUAUAUUCAAGUUAAAUCAAAUUACUUUGAAGGUGCUUCAUUACCAGAUUGCGAGACCUCUUGGAAAGUCUCAAGUUGUAAAGCAAACUUUGUACCACCAAAAAUGUCAAAAUAUCAAUUUGGUUAUGUUGAAAAUGAUAAACUUUUGAAAUUAGUCGAUCAUUCAAUAAAGAGAGAGAAAACUAUCACUGGUAAAACCGAUGACGAUGGUUUACAUACAGUUAAAACCACAUUCAAUGGUAAAGCUCCAAAUCCACCAUCAUCAGUUUACAUUGAUACCUCGGUCGAUAUUAGUGAUAUUAAUCAACAAACUACAACUUCAACCGUUCGUUAUAUACUUCAUCCAACUCAUAAUUUCGUUGGUAUUAAACCAUCAUUCAAUAAUGAUAAACCAUUGAUCAUUCAUGAUGGUAACAAAAAUACUCCUUUGAAAUUAAUGAUGAUAGUUUGUGAUGAAAAUGGUAUUCCACAACCUGACAUUGGUAUUUCAAUCACUAUAUCACCAAUCUCUGGUUAUCAUCAAUUCGAUAUUCCUUUAAUCAAUGAAAAUCAUCAAUCAACAAUCGUUAGUACUGAUACUGAAUUCCAACAUUCUUUCAUCUUGUCUGAACCAAAUUAUAAACCAAAAGAAAAUAUUCUUUAUAAUAUCUCUGCAACAAUUUAUGAAAAACCUGAUAAUAAAUUUACAACAACAAUUCCAUUAUUAAUAAAUUGGUCAUUAUCAGAAUAUAAAUCAAAUGAUUUAUUAGAUUCAUCAACAAUUGGUAAAACAACAACAACUACUACUACUACAACUACCACAACAUCAAAUAAUAAUGAAACUAAACAACCAAUUAAAUUAGAAGAAUUUAAAUUUAAAGAAAUUAAAAAUGUUAAUAUUUCAUUAGAUAAGAAAUCAUAUAUUUCAGGUGAAAAAUGUUUAGUUUCAAUUGAUUAUUUUGAAAUGCCAUAUCAAUGUGUUUUAUCAAUUAUUAAUAAUGGUGUAGUUUUUACAAAAGCUUAUGAAAUUACUAAUGGUAAAGAUAGAGUUGAAUUUGAUAUUCAAGAAGAAUGGGCACCACUUUGUAGUGUACUUUGUGAUGUUAGAAAUGUUGGUGAUCAUUAUCUUCAAGGUACUACUAAAUUAUCAAUUACACCAACCACUAAACAAUUGACAAUCACUGUUAAACCAGAAGAAGAAAUAGUUGAACCAGGUGCUGAUACAAAUAUUAAUGUUCAUGUUACAGAUUCAACUGGUGCUAAUGUUGCAAAUGCUGAAGUUUGUUUAUUGGUAAUCGAUGAAUCAAUCAUUGCACUCUCACAACAUAAUGUUGAAAAUCCAUUAAAUAUCUUUUAUCCAAAUUCAUCAAGUGAACAUGCUAAAUCAAUGUUAAGUUCUUAUUUCCAUGGUCUUUCAAGUGCAAGUGUAUUACUUCAACCAAAAUUAAAACAAGGUACUGCAAUUAUAGCUGGUACUCAACAACCAAUUAUUAAACCAGAUACUUAUAAUCAUAUACUUGAAAAGAAAAUUUUAAUUAACUCAAAUGAUAAUGAUAAUUUCAAUUAUUCUUCAUAUAAUAAUAAUAAUAAUAAUAAUAAUAGAUACAAUACACCAGUUAGAAAUGGUAAUAUUGGUCGUCCAACUAGAAGAGGUAGUGGUACUGAUAAAGUAUUAUUAGAUAUUUUAGAUACUGCAGGUCAAGAAGAAUAUAGUGCAAUGAGAGAUCAAUAUUAUAGACAUGGUGAUGCAUUCAUUUUAGCCUAUAGUAUUAAUUCAAGAUCAUCAUUUCAAAAUUUACAAUCUUAUUAUAAUCAACUUUGUCGUAUUAAAGAUUGUGAUUCCUAUGCAUGUGUCAUUGUGAUUGGAACUAAAGCAGAUUUAGAAGAUCAAAGACAAGUCUCAAAAGAAGAUGGUUUACUUUAUGCAAGAUCAUUAGGUGCUGCAUUCAUUGAAACCUCUGCAAAAACUGGUUUCAACGUUCAUACUGCAUUUGCUAUCGUAAGUAAAUUAUCAGCAGGUUACACUGGUACCGCUGAAAAUAAAAUUGUAAUUGUUGGUGAUGGUGGUAUCGGUAAGAGUGCUUUAACCGUUCGUUAUGUGCAAAGUUGUUUUGUUGAACAAUAUGACCCAACCAUUGAAGAUAGUUAUCGUAAACAAGUUUCAUUAGAUGAUGAUCCAUCAUUGGAUGGUUUCAUUCCUGAUAGUUUAAGAGCUGAUAUGGAAGGUAACUCUACAUUACAAUCUGCUUCAUUGAUGAAGAAAAGAUCAAAGAAAAGUUCAUUUGGUGGUUUUGGUGGUUCUGGAAGUAGUAGUAGUAGAAAAUAUAAAGAGAAAAGCCCUUCCUCUUCUUCUACUCGUACUUCAGUUUCAACAUCAUUAAGUUCAAGAUCUGAAACUUUAGGAGAAGUUGGAUUACUUGAUUUUGGUGGUAGUGAUAAGAAACUUUCAAGAAAAUCAUCAUUAGUUGAAGAAGAAUCAAAAAGACAAUAUGAUGAUGACGAUGAAAGUAAAUCAGAAUCUUCAGAAUAUGAUGAUGAUGAUGAUCAAGAUUAUGAAAAAGAUGGUUUAUUUGAAACUGAAUUAUCAUCAUUAUCAAUGAUGAGAAAAGAUUUCAAUGCAUUAGCAAAUUUCACACCAUCAGUAUUUACAAAUGAAGUUGGUAAAAUUACAAUUCCAAUUCAUUUACCAGAUAAUUUAACACGUUAUCGUAUUUGGGGUGUAGUUUGUUCAAAAGAUGAACAAAAGUUUGGUAAAGGUGAAAGUUUAAUUACUUCAAAGGUUUUGGUAUCAACUCGUUGUGUACCACCAAGAUUUUUGAAUAUUAACGAUUCAUGUACUAUUGGUAUUGUAGUAAGUAACAAUUCAAAUAAUAAUAGAAUGGUAAAGAUUGGUGUAAAAUGCUCUGAACAUUUAACUAUAUUAAAUUCAAAUGGUACAUCAACUUUUGGUCACUUUUCAUUUGUUGAACAAAAGAAGAGAAAGAUUAUCUAUAUCAAUGUUAAAACAUUGAAUACUGGUGUGGGUUCAAUUCAAAUCUCUUGUGUAUCUGGUAAAUAUGGUGAUGCAAUGCAAGUUUCAAUUCCAAUCUUUAAUCCACCAACAACUCGUACCACCUCUGUCUAUGGUGUCAUCGAUGAUGGUGCCGGUGUCAUUCAACCAAUUGAAAUGCCUCAAGACUCACUUCCAAUCUUUGGUUCAUUAGGAUUAGAUAUUAGUUCAACCAUUCUUCAAAAUAUUCAUGAUGCAUUCCUAUCGGUUUAUAACUAUCCAUUUGAAAGAACAGAGAAUUUAGCAUCGGCUGCAAUUGGUAUCGCCUCAUUAUAUCAUAUCAUUGGUGAACAGAAAUCAUCACGUAAUUUACCACCAUCAAAGAUUGUAAAAUCAAAGAUUGGUAAACUAUUUUUAGAUUUAAGAAAUCGUCAAAAUGAAAAUGGUGAUUUCUCAACCUGGCCAUCAUAUGCAGGUCAUAGUAAUCUUUCAUUCCAAAAGAAUGAUUUCGAAAGUGUUCAUGCAAUUCAAGCCAUUGCAACAUUGAUUGAAUAUGGCUAUGAAAUUGAAUCAUCAAAAAUGAAACAAUUGGUAAAGAACUCAAUCGAUUGGUUAGAUCGUUACAUUUUAGUUAAUCUUCAAUCAAAAGAUCAAUUCAUUUUAGCAACUGUAUCCUAUGCUCUAUUCACUUUAUACUGCAUUCAUUCAAAGAAGAAUAAAUCAUCAGUUACUCAAUUGGCUAUGAAAUUCUAUCAAACUCAUACUUACUCAAUCCUAUCAUUGGAAUCAUUAGCUUGGAUUCUUGGUACACUUCAAGGUAAUGAUUCAUCAGUCGUUAAGAAGCGUGAUGAAAUCAUCACCUAUCUAAUGAGAAAUUCAUUUGAAGAAAAUAAUUGUCUCUACUUUAACUCUUAUUAUGAUAAAUUAAUUAGAUCACAAUUAUUCCAUUCUCUCGAAAGAACAACUGCAAUCAUUGCAAGAUCAUUAAUUCAAUCACGUUAUAAUAUUGAUGUAGUUUCAAAGGUUAUCAUUGGUUUAAUGGAUAGAAAAGAAAAUGGUACUUGGAAAAAUAUUCAAACUAAUUGUUGGGUAAUUACUGCAGUAGCUGAAUUCAGUUCAACUUUUGAACGUUCUUCUCCAAAAUGUUUAUCCAGAGGUUGGUUAGUUAAUACUUCUGAUUCUUCAAAUCUUAAAACAACUUUCUGUGGUCAAACUCCAUACUUUGAUGGUAAAUCAACAAUCUCUUAUUCAAUUGAAGUACCAUUAUCAAUACUUUAUUCAAAAUCUGAUUUAGAAAAUGUUAAAUUUAAUAAUAUUAUUAAAUCUGAUAAACAACAAGUUAUUGAACCAUCAUCAAAUGUUGAUGAAAAUUCUGAAAAAGUUGAAACUCAACCAUCAUCAUCAACAACCUCAAUAAUUUCAAUACCAAAAUCUGAAUUAUGGUUACAAAAAGAAGGUAAAGGUAAAUUAUAUUAUCGUAUGAAUAUUAAAUAUGCAACAGUUGAUUUAUCAACUGAAGAACAUUUCAAUGGUUUAACAAUUCAUAGACAAUAUUCACCAAAAUCAAAGAGUGAUAAGAUGGAAUUUGAUUCAGAAACUGGUGUACUCAAAGUUUCAGUUGGUUCAAAAGUAUUGGUUACACUUAAUGUUCAAACUGAAGUUGAUCGUUAUAAUUUAGCAUUAGUUGAUAAAUUCGCUGGUGGUUUCGAUAUCGUUGAUAAAACUGAUUUCAGAUUGGAAGGUACAGUUUGGGAAUUCCAAAAUCAAAGAGAUGAAAGAUGUGAAGUCUUUACCAAUCAAAUGGAACGUGGUAAAUACACUUAUAAAUACACACUUCGUGCUUCAACUAGAGGUGAAUAUUUAAUUCCUUCUGCUUGUAUUGAAGAAAUGUAUGAUCCAGAUGUAUUUGGUAGAACUAAUUCUUUAAGAGUUAUUAUUAAUUAA